GGAUUCCCGGGUGUGUGUGUGUGUGUGUGUGUGAGGGGGGUAUUCGAAGACGGGAGUGAGAGUGGAAAAGAGGGGAAAGAAAGAGAGAGAGAGAGAGAGAGAGAGAGAAAGAAAGAAAAAGAAAGGAAGAAAAGAAGAAAGAAGGAAAGGAAGAAAGGAAAGAAGCCCAAAGCCAUGGAGAUCUCGGCGGCCGUGGGCUUUGUGAGUAGACUACUCCGCAACACGGGCUUAGUGAGCCCCGGACAGCUGCAGGUCUUCAGCCACUCGCUGCAGGAAUCUCUGGCGGAACAUUACAAACAUCACUGGUUCCCGGAGAAACCCUGCAAAGGCUCUGGAUAUCGCUGCAUCCGGAUCAACCACAAAAUGGACCCCUUGAUAGGAAGAGCUGCCAACAAAAUCGGACUGACCAGCAACCAGCUGUACAGGCUUCUCCCCAGCGAGCUCACCCUCUGGGUCGACCCCUACGAGGUGUCCUACCGCAUCGGCGAAGACGGCUCCAUCUGCGUCCUCUACGAAGCCCCUCCACCGCCCACCAAUACCAGGGGCAUGUUGACCUGCAAAACCGAGCUCAAUAUGGGCAGGUCCAGCCCUCCCAAAAACUACUGGAUGACCGUUUCAAGUUGAGACUCUUUUUUUAAAAUAUAUUAACGAAAGUCCCCCCCCAUAAAUAUACACAUAAAUAGCUCCAACUUGCGAAUUCGGCAGUGUACCUUAUACCUUCCUUAAGUGGCUUUUUUUUUAAAACACUGGGACGCACAAAAAUACUGCGUCCUGAUUUUUUUUUACAAUAUUUUUUUAAAAAAACCCUGAUAAAAAAAACAAUCCGGCCAGUUGUGGUAUACAGAAGGAAUAUUUUUUUAUCCGGUUUUUUUUUUAAACCUCCAUCUAUAUGGAUUGGGAAAAUCUUCUGCAAGGGAUUUUUUUUUAUACAUAUAUAUAUAAAAUAUAGAUCUCUCUCUCGAAUGGGAUGUUAGCUUCAAUUGUGAAACGUUUUUUCCGGCAUCGCAGUUAAGUCUUGUUUCACAAGUGGAAUGUUUUUGGAGAAAGUUGUCCCACUAUUUGUAACCCCCAAUACAUCCUGUAUUUGUGGUUACCAGUAGUUCUUGAGGAUAGGGAUUUAAUUGGCUACGUGUAAAUGUUUUGCUCAAAAGAAUUAUUUUUAUUAUUGUGGGGAAACCUCCCUUUCACCCCCGAACCCUUGCUCCCCAACGUGGAACGUUGGCAGCUAAAUUUUAACACAGCACUGAAAAUGAACACUUUAGAGAUUUCUUUCCAAGUUUUUAAAAAAAAAGGAUUGCAACUUUGGUAUAUUUUGGUAUGAAGAUACUUUUUUUCCACCUUCCAACCCCCCCCCCCCACCACCACCCCCUUUUUUUUUAAAAAGCUUAAAAGUUCCAAUGCAGGAGUCUUGACCAUGUUUUUUUUAAAAAAAAAUCAACUGAAAUGUUUUUAAAAGAAACGAUGCUUUGCCCCCGACGUUCUUUAAGUAUUGUGUGUAACUUGGGGAUCAGUUUCCAUUAAGUUUUACAGUUCUUAAUAUGUUUAUAUAUAAAAAGUGGGGGGGGGGGCGGGGAAGAAAUCAUCCACUGCCUUUUUUUUGACUAAACUGUGAAAGGAUUCCUGUAGCUUACCUUAAAACUGACACUGAUUUUAUGUAUUAAUGCAAAGCUGUUUUUAAUGAACCCCGCAGAUUCCCUUUUGGUAGCGAUUAUCGUGCAGAUAUUAGUCAACUUUGUACCCAGUGCAAGGUUUUUUUUGUGGGGGGUGGGGGGUGGGUGGGGAGGGAUGGGGUGGGGGCAGUUUAAGCUAUGUGAAUCUAAGCUGUUGUACAUUUUUUCUUAAGUAUUGUACAGGCAUAUUGGAGGAAUUGUACAGUUUUCUAUUUUAAAGAGUUUUAAUUAAAAGCAUACUUUUUUCAAUGGAAAA